CGUGUGUCUAUUACCAACCUAAAGCUGACAAAUGACGUCCAAAAACAACCGGACUGCAACUUCCGGGAAAUUUUAACGUGUCAUCGUUCAUCGCCAAUUACGAAAGGAAAAACUUUCGCGAACACGACAAACCGCUCAUCUUUACUGUCGUUCACACCACGGCGCCAUAUAGCACAGCACACGGUGGUGAAGCCAUUAAUAUUAUGGUUUCUGAUCAUUCGGGAAGCGCAAUACUGUCAUCUUUAAACAGUGACGUGUCAAAGCUGCAGCAACUUAUUGUUGGAAAGACUUAUCGGAUGAAAUUCUAUGACGUCAGCGAACUGAAGGCGAACUUCCGAAAGGAGGCAUCAGUAUUGGUCCAAUUUUAUACGACAGCGAAGACACUAAUUGAGUCGGCAAUUGAGAAUCCAGUUGACAUCGAAACUAUCACGCCACUAUCACAAGCUCAUGAGCAUGCCGAUCUAAAGCACUACAUGACCUUCGUGGAAAGUGUGGGAUACUUGGACAACCAGAAGAAAACAAGGAACGGAGAGCGAGCAUUUCGCACAUUAAAAGUGUGGGACUGCUCGCAGGCCUUGCCCUACGAGUUGAUUUAUGGGGGCACCUUGCUACCAUCUUCAUCCCAGCCGUCUACGAGAAAAAAAUUGUUUUCUUUCACAACCUUAUGCACACCAGCUACAACAAUGGUGGUCUCCAAUCCGGCUACAAUAAAACAUAUUUUUACAUUUCUGAAAGUUCACCGGCACUGACCAUCAAGAACUGGGCACUGGAAAUCGGCCUGAUGGACCCGGACUCGGAAGAAGAAGUUCACACAGCUAACGCAACCGACAUUGCCACUAAACGCCCGCUUGUUGGGGAGGCACCAACCCAAACAACCAAAAAAGGAAGAACUUCAGC